AGCUCCCUGAGCCCAUUGGCCAACACCUCUGGAGUCUGACCACGCCUAGAAACACUGCGCAUGCUCCGUCGCUAGCCAGCCCGGGCUGGGCGCUGAAUCGGCACAAACCAGUCUCACUUCUUGUACCGCAGUGGGGAGGUUGGAGAGAAUUUUUUCCCAUGAAAGGGCAUACGUUGCCCGUCCCCUUCCCCGAAGAAUACAUUAGGAAUACUGUUCCUGUGUUUGCAUGAGCUGUGGCACCAGCACCGACUCAGCCUUCCGGGCCUCCCUCCUGCACGGGAGCCUCUCACUAGGUCUCCCCCGCGGCUGCGCUGGUGCCGUCCGGCACGGUCACGUGGGCGAGAAAAUGGCGGCCCCCAGACCGCACUGCGAGCGUCGCGACAGGUGAAGCGGUGGUGGCAGAGGCGCCUGCGGGUACUGGCCGGGCCGACGGGCCCUGAGUCUCCAGAGCUCGGUUGUUACAUCCCUGCGUCCCCAGGUUUAGCCUGAGCAGGGUUGUGGAAGGCCGGGACCCAUCGAUAGCACGAUGGUGACGGAUCAGGAGGUGGAUGCCAUCGGGCAGACGCUGGUGGACCCCAGGCAGCCCCUGCAGGCCCGCUUCCGGGCGCUGUUCACGCUGCGCGGGCUCGGCGACCCAGGCGCCAUUGCCUGGAUCAGCCAGGCCUUUGGUGACGAUUCCGCCCUGCUCAAGCACGAGCUGGCCUACUGCCUGGGCCAGAUGCAGGAUGCCCGCGCCAUCCCCGUGCUGGUGGACGUACUGCAAGACACCCGUCAGGAGCCCAUGGUGCGCCAUGAAGCAGGGGAGGCCCUGGGGGCCAUCGGGGACCCGGAAGUUCUGGAGCUCCUGAAGCAGUAUUCCUCGGACCCCGUCAUCGAGGUGGCCGAGACCUGCCAGCUGGCCGUGCGCAGGCUGGAGUGGCUGCAGCAGCAUGGCGGGGAGCCGGCGGCGGGACCCUACCUCUCCGUGGACCCUGCCCCGCCGGCUGAGGAGCGUAACGUGGGGCGCCUGCGGGAGGCGCUGCUGGAUGAGUCCCGGCCGCUCUUCGAGCGAUACCGCGCCAUGUUCGCCCUGCGCAACGCGGGAGGCGAGGAGGCCGCCCUGGCGCUGGCCGAGGGUCUGCACUGUGGGAGCGCCCUCUUCCGCCACGAGGUCGGCUACGUCCUGGGACAGCUGCAGCACGAGGCGGCGGUGCCCCAGCUGGCAGCCGCCCUGGCCCGAUGCGCGGAGAACCCCAUGGUGCGGCACGAGUGCGCAGAGGCCCUGGGCGCCAUCGCCCGGCCCGCCUGCCUGGCCGCGCUGCAGGCUCACGUGGACGACCCAGAGCGCGUGGUGCGUGAGAGCUGCGAGGUGGCUCUGGACAUGUAUGAGCACGAGACCGGGCGGGCCUUCCAGUACGCGGACGGCCUGGAGCAGCUGCGCGGGGCCCCCUCCUAGGGCCCCACCCUCACCCGGAGCUCCCUGAGGACUCUUGAGGGCCGCUCCUCCCCCGCAGAGCUUUGGCAUCUAAACCGGGUGUGUGUGAAUCGGUGUCAUCGCUUGUGUCUUGCUGGGCGCACGGUUGCUGUCCCCCUCCUCCGUCUGGGACCGAGGAGCUGCCGUUGUUCUGUGACUCCCUGAGUCUCCUGACUGCUCCUCGGGGCCUGGCGCAGGGCUGUAGCGUGGAAGUUUCCAGGCUUGGGGUGGGACUCUGCGGGAGGCUCUGGGAUGCCCGGCUCAGGACAGGGGAGGAUCGCGAGGGAAGCCAGGGGCAGAGCUGGGGCUCUGGGAAGAGGCUGGCGUUAUGGUGGCUUCAGCUUCACUAGGAAUGGGGCACAGGGUCUGGGGGCCUCUGACUCCCCCACCCUGAGGCCUGGGUAGGGACAGGGUGGUGGUCCCUGAGUGGGUCAGGUAGGGCACAGGGGCCAGGGAGGGACAAGCAGACCUCAGAGCGCUGCGCAGAUGGAAUAUUAAAUUAUUUUUGCCAA